AGUCUCGCGGUACUCGCAACCUGGUGGAGGGCCUAUUCAAGUAGGUGUGCUUCAUGGCGGUGACGGAGAUUGCGACUUUUUUGAAUUGUUAAGGCUUCCCAUUCACUCUUCCCCCUGGGUUAUCCUGCCUCUGAGGUCCCAGCGUUUAGCAGGUUGUAGGGAGGGACAGCUCUGAUGAUGGAGAAUGGACAGGGCACAGGCGCGAAGCUUGGCCUGCCGCCUCUCACCCCAGAGCAGCAGGAGGCACUACAAAGGGCAAAGAAGUAUGCGAUGGAGCAGAGCAUUAAGAGUGCCUUAGUGAAGCAGACCAUUGCUCAUCAGCAACAACAGCUUACCAACUUACAGAUGGCAGCAGUGACAAUGGGCUUUGGAGAUCCUCUCUCACCUUUACAAUCGGUGGCGGCUCAGCGGCAGCGUGCUCUAGCCAUCAUGUGCCGGGUGUAUGUGGGCUCCAUAUACUAUGAGCUCGGGGAGGACACCAUCAGACAGGCCUUUGCCCCUUUCGGCCCCAUCAAGAGCAUUGACAUGUCAUGGGACUCAGUUACAAUGAAGCACAAGGGCUUUGCCUUUGUGGAGUAUGAGAUCCCGGAGGCUGCACAGCUGGCUCUGGAGCAGAUGAACUCGGUCAUGCUCGGGGGCAGGAACAUCAAGGUGGGGCGGCCAGGUAACAUUGGUCAGGCGCAACCCAUCAUCGACCAGCUGGCAGAGGAGGCACGCGCCUACAACCGGAUCUACGUUGCCUCCGUCCACCCCGACCUCUCAGACGAGGACAUCAAGAGCGUCUUUGAGGCCUUCGGGAGGAUCAAGUCCUGCACGUUAGCCAGGGACCCCACCACAGGAAGACACAAGAGCUUUGGCUUCGUCGAGUAUGACAAGCCCCAGUCGUCCCUGGACGCAGUGUCCUCCAUGAACCUGUUUGACCUGGGGGGCCAGUACUUGCGGGUGGGCAAGGCUGUGACCCCUCCCAUGCCCAUGUUGACCCCCACCCAACCUGGUGGCCUGCCCCCCGCUGCAGCCGUGGCUGCUGCAGCAGCCACCGCUAAGAUAACGGCCCAGGCAAGUAUGAUUCCCUUCCAAAGGGAUCUAUUGGCCUUCCAGGAGGCUGUGACCGGGGCGUCCAUCUUGGGGGCGAUGGCUGGGGCAAACCAGAUGGGCCAAAUGGGUUCGAUGGGCCAAAUGGGUUCGAUGGGACAAAUGGGUUCGAUGGGACAAAUGGGCAUCCCUCAGGCAGUCAUGGCUGCCCAGGCCCCCGGAAUGAUCACAGGUGUGACACCAGUGCGUCCAAACCUGCCAGUGCUGCCCCAGGUGGGCCUGGUCAACCCUGUGCUGGCCUCGCCGCCUGUGAUCACCAACCCAGCCCAACCCAACCCCACUCUGCAAGAACUGCAGAAGAAGAAACAGGAGGAGAAGGAGAUGCUGCAGGAUGGGACAGGCCAGGAGAUGUUGAGCGACCAAGAACACAUGAGUAUCUCAGGCAGCAGCGCCAGACACAUGGUCAUGCAGAAACUGCUGAGGAAAUCAGAAUCUACGGUGAUGGUGUUACGGAACAUGGUGGGGCCAGAGGACAUCGAUGACGACCUGGAGGGUGAGGUAACUGAGGAGUGUGGCAAGUUUGGUGCCGUCAACCGAGUCAUCAUCUACCAGGAGAAGCAGGGCGAGGAGGAAGAUGCCGAGAUCAUCGUCAAGAUCUUUGUGGAGUUCUCCAUGGCCUCGGAGAUGAACAAGGCCAUCCAGGCACUCAACGACCGCUGGUUCGGGGGUCGCAAGGUCAUCGCAGAGGUCUACGACCAAGAGCGCUUCAACAGCAGCGACCUCUCCGCAUAAACUGUCUGAAAUGGUCGCCCAACACCCUUCCCAUACCCGUUGCUCAAAUUCACUUCAGCCGCUCUCACUGCUGCUAGAGAUUUGAGACUCUUUUUAACUUGUAUUUUUUUUUAUUGAUGUUAAUAUUAUUAAUGGUCUCUUUUGAGGGAUUGGUUAAGAAAGGAAUGUUUGCACCUCUUGGAUUUAGUCUUUUCACCUACUGUGAAGACUUGAUUUCUUUUUGUAUUAUUUGCAGCUUUUUUGUAAUCAAAGUGAGAAGUUAUGAUUAGGUUUUACCCUCUUAAGUUUGCCAAUGUUUGCUCUUCUAACAUUGUCAGGACUCUUUAAACAUUGUUUUUUAGAGCCAUUGGUUCCAGUUUCCUCACACAAAUAAAUUCUUCAACUAUG